AUGGGUAUGUUCAAAGCCUUGAUCACCCUGUUGUUAGUAAUAGUCAUUUCCUUGCUCGGUGAAGCUCAGCAGCCUAAUUAUCUCUACCAUGUUUGUCCGAACAACACUACUUUCUCCGGAAAUAGCACUUACCAAGCCAACCGCGAUAGCUUAUUGUCUUCGUUGUCGUCUAAUGGCAGCCGGGCAAAUGGUUUCUACAAUACGACCUCAGGCGGUGGUGCUGACAAGGUGUACGGCCUUUUUCUUUGCCGUGGGGAUUUAUCUACCACCGUCUGCCAAGGUUGUGUCACGUUUGCCGCCGAUGACAUUUCUAGACGUUGUCCCGUUGAAACAACGGCAGUGGUUUGGUACGACGAGUGCCUCCUACGGUACUCGAAUUAUAGUAUAUUUUCCCGUGUGGUUGAAGCACCUACAUUCGCCUUGGCUAACUCUCAGAAUGCCACCGACCUGGACCGUUUCAAUCGGCAAUUGCAAGCGGUGAUGAAUGAAACAGAAACCGAGGCCGCAAACGCAUCGCCGGGUGCUAAAAAAUUCGCGACUCGAAAGGUGGAGGCCAAUUUUUCAAGUGCUCUAAAUCUGUACACCCUCGGCCAGUGUACACGGGAUUUGUCAAGCACGGAUUGUGAUAAUUGUCUACGGUUCGUAAUUUCAAAUCUUCCGAGAGGAAGCCAAGGAGGAAGACGGCUGACUCCGAGCUGUAACGUCAUAUAUGAAACUUACCCGUUCUAUAAUCAAACAGCAGUCGCGCCUCCACCUCCGGCGACACCGCCUCAUCCAGGUUCAGUUUCAGGACGGAAUGGCCGAAGAACAUGGCCAAUAACUGUUGCCAUUGUUGUUCCAAUUACUGUCAUCAUGUUGCUUUUAUUCUCGGUGUGCUGCCUGUUAAAGAGGAGGGCAAAGAAGAAAUACAACUCUUUGCAGGAAGAAAAUGGGUAUGACAUAACCACUGUAGAUUCAUUGCAGUAUGAUUUUACCAUAAUUGAAGCUGCAACAGACAGGUUUUCAGAUGCUAACAAGCUAGGCGAAGGUGGUUUUGGUGAGGUUUACAAGGGUGUUCUUCCUAACAAACAAGAGAUAGCUGUUAAGAGGUUAUCAAGAGGUUCAGGAAAAGGUGCAGAGGAAUUUAAAAACGAAGUGGUACUGGUAGCUAAGCUUCAACAUAGAAAACUAGUGAGACUACUGGGAUUUUGCUUGGAAGGAGAAGAAAAGAUACUAGUAUAUGAAUAUGUGCCCAACAAGAGCCUGGACUACUUUGUUUUCGAUCCUUCAAAACAAGGAGAAUUGGACUGGUCGAGGCGAUACAAGAUCAUCGGAGGGAUUGCUCGCGGAAUUCUUUAUCUGCACCAGGAUUCUCGGCUUAGAAUCAUCCACCGUGAUCUCAAGGCCAGCAAUGUAUUGUUAGAUGGAGAAAUGAACCCCAAAAUAUCCGAUUUCGGCAUGGCAAGAAUUUUCGGAGUCGAUCAAACUCAAGGAACGACUAGAAGAGUUGUUGGAACCUACGGCUAUAUGUCUCCGGAAUAUGCAAUGCAGGGCCAGUUUUCGGGGAAAUCCGACGUGUACAGUUUCGGAGUUCUAGUAAUAGAAAUCUUAAGUGGCCAAAGGAACAGUAACUUCUAUCAAACAGAAGGUGCUGAGGACCUCAUUAGCUACGCUUGGAAACUAUGGAAAGAUGAGAGACCCCAAGAAUUGUUGAACCCUCUUCUGAGGGAUAAUUACUCGAGAAACGAAGUCGUCAGAUGCGUUCAACUUGGAUUAUUAUGUGUUCAAGGAGAUCCGGCCAAUAGGCCUACAAUGGCUACCGUUGUUCUAAUGCUUAAUAGUUACUCAGACACACUGGCAGUGCCUGCAAAGCCAGCAUUUGUCCUUCACAGUAGGACAGAUGGGAUGAUGCCAUACAAGGGGCUUGAAUCUGAUCAAUCUACCAGUCAAUCAAUGCCAUGGACUAUCAAUGACGCAUCCAUCACUGAAUUAGACCCUCGGUAAUAAGACUUAAUGGAUGCAUCAUCAUCAUAAUCAACCUCAA